AUUGAAGCGCGCGCGCACGUCACUCGUCGGUGUAACCUCGCCCGAGCAGCUGUGAACAAUGAAGUGUUUUAUUGUUAUGGUUUUCCUGUCUGCCAUCGUGUAUGGAUACGAUGAGGAUUACUUCCGCAAACUCGACGCCAUCACGCCUGAGGAGCCGUGCUCUCGCGCAGGCGGCAUUUGCACCUUCGCGGAAGACUGUCCCCUGCUGACUGAGGAGUCAGGACUCUGUCCCAAGCAACGUAGCCAAGGCGUGGAGUGUUGUUAUGGAGUUUCGGUGAAAGAUACAAGGUGUCAGAAACAUGGAGGUUCUUGCACUCCAUCAAACGUGCGCUGUGGCCCAACAUACGCAAAUGCGACGGAUUGCGCAAGUGGAGAAAAAUGUUGUAUUUAUGUUUAAUAAUACUAUAGUUAUACAAACGAUAGCACAUGAAUAAACACUGUUUCACCUUUAGUAGGGGAGCCCAAGAGGGGAUUUCAGGAUACACAUUUUUAAAAUUCUAUAGACGCUUCUAAGGUUCGCAAGCCAAUAUGUCUCGUACUAUGUACUCUAACUACGAGACGCUCGAGUAAAUCUCCAUCCAGCAUUGUGGGCUCCCGUACUAUUAUGGGGAAAUACGAUGUAAGCACUGUUGUAGCACCUUAUGCAGUUGCCAUAAGUGAUAUUUUGCAACGAUAAUGAUCUGUAAUUUAUUGAUGUGCUGACGAAUGUACUUGUUAGGAUAGUAUUAUUAUGAAUAAGGUUGUGAAUAUUUAUAAUUUGUUAGAAUUUUUCAUAUAAGGUUAGAGCAUUUUUUUUAUUACGAAACAAGAUGAUCAAUUAUUUAUCUUUUUUUUAUUUUUGAAGCCAAAUCAUUUUUUAUUUCUUAACUUUUUUUCAAAUUUAACUACUUAUGGUUUGCUAUUUUCUUCAAAAU